AUGGCAAUCACAGGCUAUUUUGUGGAUAUAAAUUGGGAUUAUCAUGAGAUACUCCUAGGUUUCAUACCAGUUCACGGCCAGCAUACAGGCUCCCAUCUCGCAGACGUUCUCCUUGAGGUUUUUCAGCAACAGCAGAUUCCUAAUCGAGUGAUUGCGAUUACUACAGACAAUGCGUCAAAUAAUAAGACCUUGGUCGAUAGUCUAUGUGAUUCAAUCGAACGGUUGGAGCUUCCUAAUUUCACUGAAAUUGUACGGAUUCCGUGUCUUGCUCAUGUGAUUCAAUUGAGUCUGAAAUAUCUCCUUGGCCUAAUGGAGGCUGAUCCAAAAAACGAUAAGACGGCAACAACAUGGUCGGAAGAAAAUGGGAGUGUUCUUCAACAGGCAAAGAGACAGAAGGGAAUCAUUUAUACGCUAGCUAAGGUGCGGGCCUUCGCAGUUUUCAUUAAUGCCAGCCCACAGCGACGGGAGGCAUUUCUGAAUCUUCAAAGCGAAGAACCGAGGCUUGCCCCGAUCCAGGAUGUACGCACUCGGUGGAAUUCAACAUAUCUUAUGCUCCAGCGCGCCAAUCGCCUUUCAGAUAGCUACCAAAGAUAUUGCGCAGAGCAUCAGCGCCCAGAAUUCCGGCUUGGUAAAAGCGAAUGGCGGCAGAUCGAAUACUUGCUCCAUAUCACAAAGCCUUUCUACAAAUGGACGGUUGGCCUAUCAAAGAUCAAGGCGACAACGAUCCAUGAUGUGUUCCGGGUCUACAACCGACUGUUUACCCAUUUUGAGCAGGCCCAGGCCCGACUUCGGCGAAAGAAAGUGCCUUGGAAAAAGGCCAUGCUUAAGGCUCUUGAGGCCGGAACGGUUGCACGGGAUGUCUUUUCUAUCCCAGCUACUGGCGCCGGUGUUGAGCGCCUCUUUAGUACUGCUCGCGAUAUCUGCCAUUAUCGACGAGGCUCAUUGAACGAAAUAACAAUACAGGAUUUGAUGAUGCUUCGUUGUUUAUCCAAAUUUGAUAUUGAAAGUGAGGAAACUGGGGAGGAUUUCCAACCUGAGGCUACCUUGAAUCAGGACGAAAGGACUGAGGGUGAUGAGGCAAGGGAGGCGGGACUUCCUGAGUGUACACCAGGGGCAAUUAGCGAGGGUGAGGACGGUGAUAACUCAGAUGAAGCAGGAGAGAUUGUUACCGAUCAGGAGGCCGCUGAGGACUCAGAUGAUGAUUCGGCACUACAUCCAUUGCCUAUUAUCGAUACUACAAGUCAGGCACGCCCCCAAAGAGAUCGGCAUUUCUGCAUAUCUUAUGCAGGCCACGUUUUUCUACGUGUUUGCAGUGUUUAUGUACAGUCCCAUGGGAGUCCCAUCAAAGUCCCAUGGGAGCGGACUGGCACCUCCCUCCCAUCUCUUGGCACUCCCAUGGGACCAAAUGAUGGGAGUUGGCAAGGUCUAACCUCCACUAUAUCACUAUAUUAUCAGGAGGCCAGCUCAAGCAAUACACAAAAUGAAUCAACGCCCUCGAUCUUUCCGGAUGGUCUUGAGGUCUUGCAUGAAUGCCUUGGCCCAGCAUUUGAUAUUUGCUUUAUUCAUGGUCUGACCGGAGAUCGCCGAACCACCUGGACAUCUGAUCAACAAUCAGAACCCUGGCCACAAAAGUUGCUUCCUUCGAGCAUCAGCGGGGCUCGAAUCUUGACCUAUGGAUAUGAUGCCUAUUCUGUACGGAAAACCGUCGUGUCAUCUAAUCGAGUCCUUGACCACGCUACCAAUCUUCUACACGACUUGACAGCUGAUAGAUCGUCUUGCAAUGCUUCUUCAAGGCCUCUGAUUUUCAUCGCCCAUAGCCUUGGAGGUCUUGUUUGCAAAAAGGCGAUCCUGGUUUCUCGAGAAAAUCCUGAAUCCCAUCUUCAGAGUGUUUCCAAUUGCACGAAGGCAAUCAUGUUCAUGGGCACACCCCAUAAGGGGUCUUGGAUGGACGACUGGGCUAGGAUAUCCGCUACAGCUUUCGGUUGUGUUACGUCGACAAACAAGUCUCUAUUUGCUGUACUGGAUACUGAACACCAAUUCUUUGAGUCUAUUCAAAUUGAAUACAUGACAAUGGUACGGGAACUGCGAGAGGCAGGUACAAGCCUUGAGGUUACUUGCUUUUUUGAGCAGCUCCCUUUGCCGCGGGUAGGAACAGUGGUUUCUAGGGAUUCGGGAAAACUCGACGGCUAUAAUUCUAUGAGUAUCCGUGCAAAUUAUAUCAAUAUGGUGAAAUUCAGGUCGCUGUAG